AUGCAGCCAAAAAAAUCAAACACUCCAGAGCCUACCAUAAUCAGUGCCAACAGAGAUGAUGAUCCAAGUUUUUACGAAACUGUUAAAUCAUUGAAGCCCAGGACUAACAAAAAAAUGAAAAUGAUUAGUGGUGCACCACUCCCCAAAACGAGGACAAGUGUCAAAAAUAAUAAAUGUCUUUGGACAACAGAAAGUGGAAAAUGCUGUUCUUUUCCGUUUGAAUAUAAAAACAGAAUCUAUUCUUCCUGUAUUACGACGCCUGACAAGCCAAGACCAUGGUGCGCUACAGAAUUGUUCUACGAUUUUAAUGGCUUACACUGGGACUUCUGCAAAGAUUACUGUAGUCUUGGUCGAGAACUGUGUCUGUGGAAAGUUGAUGAUGGCUACAUAACAUGGAAAAAUGUCAGUCGUGAAGAAACUGCGAAUUGGAACAAAAAAGUCAAAUCAGCAUUGAAUGCCGAUCAUAAAGCAUUUGAAGUGACCCCUAGAGAGAAAGACGAAUUCAUAGUUAUCCUACCACUAGCCGAGUUUGGAAAUAUUUCAGUUCCAAUUGCACUUGAAAAUGAUCUGAAAGCUGUAACUGUCUGCGUUUGGCUCCAAACAAACCAAUCCGUUGUGGACAUAACAUACUGGACAAAAUUGGCGGAUUGUCCUGAAGAAUCAGCUCUUGGAAUAAAUCUCAAUAGCACCAUCACAGUUACUGUCUUGGAAGAGGAAUGGAAAGUCCCGUCAUUUGUUGCUGAUCAAGAGUGGCAUCAUGUUUGUCUGACCUGGUCUUCAUUUGGUGGAUUCCUCAAAGUUUUUGUCGACGGACUGAAACUUGUCAGCACGUCUGAUUCUAGUAUCGACACUCUGGACAUCAGAGGAAGAGGUCGCCUUACUGUCAAUUGCACCGAUGUUAAAAAUUCAACAAAAGUAGACGCGUGCGGUCGUACAAGUGAUCUUAACUUAUGGGAAGGUGCACUCGAUGAGGAAGAAAUUCAACGAAUGUCUUUAGGGUGUGGAAUGAGAGACGGUGAUCUCAUGGCUUGGAGGAGCAUGAUUAGUGGAGUCAUAGGAGACGCCCAUGUUCAUUACGAUACUUCCGCAUGUCGAGACGUGACUGGUAAGUGA